AUGGGAAGAUAUUAUAUGAAUAUCAUUGACAAUUAUGAGGGACACAUCUUCGAGUCGAACAGGUUUUCAAUUUUUGGCUUGAUGUUGGGCUUCGGACUGUUAUUGCUGUUGUUUGGCAGCUGUACAGCCGAUAUAUUCACUGCCAUAGCCGACAUGCAACGGAUGCUCGCUAGCGAAAAAGGGAUCAGCAAUAUCAUUGAGAGCUACAUCCAAGAAGAACAACAUCGACUAGACGAACUCAAAAAAUUUGCUGACGAAUAUUCUAUACGAAAUAAGGAUGCUGCUGAUGUUGGCCCAGACUUCGUAUCAAAUCCUAUCAAUGCAUACCUAUUGAUCAAACGAUUGACUUCGGAAUGGAAAAGAGUCGAAGACAUUAUGCGCGAAAAUUUGGCCGAUAAAUACAUUCAAAACAUCACGGAAAAUCGCGAACGAAAUCAGGUGAAGUUCCCUGAAGAAGAGGAUUUGUCUGGCGCUGCAAUCGCCAUUCUCCGUCUUCAAGAUGUGUAUAAAUUGGAGAGUGCAGACCUUGCUGAGGGUAUAAUAAUGGGCGAGAAGGUCGCCCAUUCUCUCACUGCACAUGAUUGUUUUGAGGUUGGACGAGCAGCAUAUAAUCAAAGAGACUACUAUCACACGCUCACUUGGAUGCAAACAGCUCUGAAUAAGCUGGAAAAUGAAGAGGAAGAGACAGUCGAGGAAGCAGAAAUUCUAGAGUAUCUAGCGUAUGCUCUUUAUCAACAAGGUAACAUUCGUCGUGCACUGGCUUUGACAAAGAGGCUAGCCGUUCUCGCACCCAAUCAUCCGCGGGCAAAAGGAAACGUGAAAUGGUACGAGGAUAGAUUAGAAAGCAAAGACUUGGAAGGAGAACUCCCACCUAUUGUUAACAAGCGAGUUGAAAACGAUGGUAUUGUCGAGCGAGACGCUUAUGAGGCUCUAUGCCGUGGUGAAGCUCCGAAAGUUGAUCCAUCUGAAGAAAAAUUGCUCUACUGUUAUCUGAAAAUGGACAGGCCCUUCUUACGCCUGGCUCCAAUCAAAGUCGAGAUUUUGCGUCUCGAUCCUUUGGCCGUGCUCUUCAAGGAAGUCAUGUCGGAGGAGGAGAUGGAAGUGAUCAAAACAGCUGCCAUCCCUAAGCUAAAACGUGCUACUGUACAGAAUGCUAAAACGGGUGAUCUGGAACUAGCCGACUAUCGUAUUAGUAAGAGCGCAUGGUUGAAAGAUGAAGAACACGAAGUUGUAGCCCGAAUAAAUAGGAGGAUAGAGGAUAUGACAAACUUGAAUCAGAAAACCUCAGAAGAUCUGCAGAUCGCCAACUAUGGCAUUGGUGGUCAUUAUGCUCCUCAUUUUGACAUGUCGACGAGAGGCGAAAAGGAACCCUACCGAGUGAAUGGCAACCGCAUCGCUACCAAGGAGGAGAUUAACGCUUUCAAGACGCUCAACACCGGAAAUAGGCUAGCUACUGUGCUGUUUUAUAUGACGAAGCCUGAGCGUGGAGGAGCUACGGUCUUCAAUCAUCUUGGUACCGCCGUAUUUCCUUCAAAGAGUGAUGCGUUAUUCUGGUACAACCUAAUGAGGAGCGGCGAAGGAGAUCUUCGAACUCGACAUGCAGCCUGUCCAGUACUGCUUGGAGUAAAAUGGGUGUCGAAUAAGUGGAUUCACGAGCGAGGUCAGGAAUUCACUCGCCCAUGUGGAUUGGAUGAAACAGUACAGGAGUACUAUGUCGGUGAUCUCAGUCCAUACACACACGGUAUACGGCAUAAGUAUAAUGUGUCUAAUUUGUAGCCCCUGAGACUUUGUCUAUAUCACUAAUGACUUUCACAGGGAUGGGUAUGUACGAUAACUGAUGUCUUUUGAGCACUAUGUGCUUGCUGUUUUCACACUGCUAUGUGCUUGUUGUUCUAUACGGUUUCAAUGAAAGUUGGGAUUAGCUUGCCUUGAGUAAUU